AUGUUCAAACCUAAUUUCUCGGCAUAAUCCAAAUCUCUUCCUUAAGAUGACUUUGAAAAGUAUAUCAAGACAGCUUUAUAAGAAAAUUACUAUAUGACCUGUUUAGAUACAUGUUUUGCUGAUUAUUCUACACCGAUUUGUAUGAAAUACUUAAAUAUAUUCAAUAAUAGCAGGAUAAGAGAAAGUCUGUUUAGCCAAAUGUCUUGAUAGAGCAUAUGAUUCAUUAAGAUUCGUAUAAAAGAUGAUAGACCCCUUUGACAGUCUUAAAUAGAAGAAGUUUUACUAUAAAUUAGAUGGUUAAAACAUAUUAGGUUUGAAGAAGGAUUAAAUGUUGUGAUU